AUGGAAUGUAGAAAGAGUGUGGUAGGAGUACAGUUUUGUUCGUGUGAAAUGGAGGCUGUAACGCUUAUCAGAUACAACCUUUGGCCGGCAACCCCAACAUCUCCAAAACUGGCAUUUGACUUCAAGCUGAUGGAAUUAUGCACUGUCCUACAGCUUGAAUGUCAAAUGCCAACAAAAAGCUUUAAUUGUUCAAACUUUAAAGCUGGCAAUGCUCUACGAUCUAACCAAACUAAUUCCAAAUUAGAUAUAACUGGUUUGUUUGGUUCUAUUUGCAAGCAUGAUGUUCCCUUGCAGUUUUUAAACAUGGAUAGAGGGGAAAGCUUAGCCUAUUCCAGUUUUCUAGCAAUGGAAUUUUCCAGUCUGUCGUCAGAGCAGAUUGUUAUCAGUUAUGAUAUUGCAUGCUCGCUUGAAAAACAUUUGAAGAAAAACAAUAACGAUUUACUUGAGAGGAUCAUCCUUACUGUACCAGUUUUCCAUUCCUUUGCACAUAAUUUAACUUGCCAGUUAAACUUUGGCCAGAGGUUUGUCAAAGAGACAGGGUUAGUGGAUGGAGAGGGCAUAGAAAGAUUUUGGUCCUUUCUCCGACAGGAUCUAUUAACAGAAGCCAUGUUCCACUAUUCGGAAAAGGCAGCAUUAAAACUAGAUGGUCAGCGCACAUGGAAAAGAAUUUCUAAGCAACUAGCUAACAACACCACAUUAUUAAACAAGAGAAUUAAGCAGCUUGCGCCAUUUAGAAAAAUCGAAUUUAACGAUGUUAUUGACAUUCACUCAAAUCUAUUUCAUACAGAUCUUUAUUGUGAAAUCACCAAAGAAUAA